UGGUAAUCAUAGCGCACGCUCUGUGUUCAACAUCCGGAACAUUAUGUUAUAGAGGAGGAUGAAAGCUGUGGUUAAAAAAGAGAGGAUAUAAAAGUUGUUUUGUAUUAUUUUGCGAUUCGCGCAGGCAUACCAGCCACACUGUUGAAAUAAAGUAGUUGCUGUUAACGGACAUAUUUCCUCAACCUCUCCUUUUCGCAUCGUGUUUACCGAAAGUACACAACGUUAAGAGCCACAGCGCGGCGAUGGCUGACUCGGUGAAGACCUUCCAGACACACUUGACGUCCGUCAUGGACAGUCUGAUCAGAGCGUCGGUCUGUGAGAUAACAAAGCUGUUCCAGGACACGGUCAACGAUUACCUUGUGGAAAUAUCGCUGAACAGAAAAGAGAACGAGGCUCUGAAACUGAGACUGAGGCUAACGGAAAACAAGCUUAGGAACGAGCGGAAGUACGGCAUGGGCUGGGCUGCCAGUCGCCGCGCCUCCGGCCUCCUGGUUUCGGACGAGAGCGGGCGGAAAAGGCGGAGAUCUGAAAUCCCCAGAGUUAAGCAGAGGGAGGGCUCAGGGUUUGGGAAGGGCUGGGCGGGCAGCCCCUGGGAGGAAGGAGGCGCAGCUGCAGGGGAGGCGGGAGAGGAGGCGCGGGACGUGUUCCUGGUCCAGCUCCAGGGGGCAGAGGAGGACGAGGAGGUGUGUGUGCCUCGGGCGAGAGAGGAGGCCGCCAGCAUCAAGGAGGAGUCCACAGAGAUGGAGAGCGGGUACCGGCCCGAAUCUCUGCGGCUCAUACAGGAAGCGCUCCAGAUGGACCCCGCCGACCCCACCCUGCACCCGGGCCCCAGGAUCCAUCUGGAAGGAGACCUGGACGCUAGUGCGGGGCUCCCCAGCGUUGGGGAGAGGGGUCCCGCGGAGCAGGGGCCCGGGGAGGAGGAGUGGGGGGUGGCUCCCCCCCCUGUGAAGGAGGGCGGGGCGGAGGAGGCGGGGUUUGGGGAGCAGCACAGGCCCCGCCCAGGCAUGGGAGGGGUGGGGGAGGAGCUGAACGGGCUGGAGAGCGCGCUGAAGGCGGAGCGAGGCGGCGAGCGCGACCCGGCGGGGGCGGAGCCUAACGGCGCCGGAGGCGGGGACUUCGCGGACUCCACACCCGAGGGCUUGGGGGAGCUGGAGUACGCCAUGGCGCAGAAGUACAUCGGCCUGGACGGCAUGUGCAGCUCGGAACAGGACGCCGCCGCCGCCCCCACACACCCGGCUGAGCGCGACGGGGACGGCCUGCUGGGCUUCGCCGGUACCACGCGCGGGAUGGAGCCCCGGCCCGGCUGGCCCAAGCGGGGGAGGGAGGGAGACGGCGUGGCGGUGGAGCGGCUGGUGGCGCUGCCCGGGCCCCUGGACGUGCCGCCCUUCGCGGGCACUGGCUUGGGGGCGGGGCUGGGGGCGGGGCCGGGGGAGGGCGGGGACUUUGCCCACUUCUGCGCCGGGUGCGGGGCUGGGUUCGCCUCCGCGGCCGACCUGGAGGAUCACCCCUGCCUCCUGCCCGUCCAGAACCAGAACCAGAACCAGAGCCAGAACCAGAACCAGAGCCAGAGCUGCGGCGUGUGCGGGAAGACCUUCAGCCAGGCGGCCCACCUGCGGGCCCACAUGCGGCUGCACGGCGGAGAGCCCGGCGUGGAGAGGCCGUACCGCUGUGCCCCCUGCGGCCGGGCCUUCUCUCAGCCAUGGAGCCUGAAGAACCACGAGUGCCUGCUGCCCGCGGAGGGCCAGAGGCCGCACCGCUGCCCGCUCUGCGGCAAGCGCUUCACCCACUCCCGCUCGCUGGAGCGCCACCAGCUGGUGCACACCGGGGAGAGGCCGCACCGCUGCCCCCAGUGCGGCCGCAGCUUCAGCAGGCUGGGCAACCUGGAGCGGCACCAGCGCAUCCACACGGGGGAGCGGCCCUACGCCUGCGCCGCCUGCGGCAAGCGCUUCAGCCGCGUGGAGUACCUGAAGAGGCACCAGCAGAUCCACAGCGGCGAGCGGAGCGCGCUCCAGUGCAUUCACUGCGGCAAGGCCUUCAGCGCGCCAGAACUGCUCAAAGACCAUCGCUGCGUUUACGCUGUCUGAGCUCAGAGACACCGCUGCGUUUACGCUGUCUGAGCUCAGAGACACCGCUGCGUUUACGCUGUCUGAGCUCAGAGACGCCGCUGCGUUUACGCUGUCUGAGCUCAGAGACACCGCUGCGUUUACGCUGUCUGAGCUCAGAGACACCGCUGCGUUUACGCUGUUUGAGCUCAGAGACACCGCUGCGUUUACGCUGUUUGAGCUCAGAGACACCGCAGUUCCUCUUCUUGUUUUUUUGGGUAACGUUAUUAAAAGCUCUUUGUCACGGUGGUGGUUGUUGUGCACGCUUCUCCAUCUCGGGCCUAUAAAAGCCUUCAUUCACGCCGGAAGGCUCUGCGUGAAGACGGAAAAACCACAGCGGGCGUGUUUGUGUGAUCGGACAGACAAAAAAGCUGGGAGAAAGAGAACAAAAAAGAAUUGUGCUUUAUUUAUGGAUCCUUCAGGUUUGAUUUAAUAUUCACUUGAGAGGGAAAAAACUCAUACUAUUGUUUUAUUAAAAGAUCAAACCAUUUUGUCUUUUGUACUGUUUAUUUCAUGUAUAUUAUUAUGUAAUAUUAAUAAAUGUAAAAUAUUAUAUUU